UGAUGUACAUGCUGCUGAAACACCUGGUGGACAGGUACAACAUGUACUACGCCUACCUGCCUUCCAAGCUGGACAAGAAGAUCCACUCGGCUGCUGUUACGCAGGUUGUGGCGGCGCCCAUCCUCUGCCUCUUCUGGCUGCUCUUCUUCUCCACCGUACGCACAGGUUUCGAGACGCCGACCUCGAUGUUCACUCUGGUCGUGCUGGUCGUCACCAUCGUCGUCUGUUUGUCUCACGUCUGCUUCGGACACUUCAAGUACCUCAGCGCACACAACUACAAGGUACACACACGGAUCGACACCAAGGAGAACGAAGUGGACACUGUGGAGAAUGGACGUCCGGUUCGUCCCUCGUCCUCCCCCACCAUCAAAUCUCAGCCCCAGCAGCAGCCGCAGCAGCAGCAGCAGCAGCAGAUGUACAUCGCCCAGGUUCUCCAGGACCCGACCCUGGACGAGCCAGGCGGCGGUGGCGGCGGCGGCGGCGGCGGCGAGGACGAGGAGAUGCUCAACGGGGGGGGCGGCAUCAACGAGGCGGAUUUUCAGUCAGGGGAGGACAGUCUGAUUGCCAACGAGGUCCACCAGUAGCUGGGGGUGGACCCAGAGGGAGGGGGCGGAGCUAGCAGCUGAUUGGAGGAUCCCUACUGAGUGACGCCGUUAGCCCCACCUCCCCCCAGCUCGAAGACUUGACCCUGACGCCGGCGCCGGCUCGCCAACACCCGUCCUGCACCGAACUGUCGGCAGGGGGGGAUGUACAUAACCACCACGCCAAACCUUUCUUUGUUUUCGGGGAUUUAAAGGGCCGGAGCGUUCCAGAUAUGUCUUUGUUUUCGGGGAUUUAAAGGGCCGGAACGUUCCAGACAGUUGUGCCUGGGUUGGAUUCUUGCUUUAUUCGAUUUUCGCACUUGUGACUUUGGACUCCCAAUCCCACCGCAGGUCGACGGGACUCGACCUCAAAUCU